AUGGUCAAGCUGUUGUUGGAUGCUAAGGCGAAUCCGCUGGCUCGGGACCCAUCGUUGGACAAGUGCCCCCUGUUGAUUGCACUAGCUGAUUUCCAUCAUACGGUUACUGCUAUGGCCUUAGCUGAAUCACCAUCCAACAUUGUAGAGGAUGUCCUGAAGGAAGACGCCGAGCUAGAGGAUCCCCAACAGACAGAGGUCUACAGUCUUUUGGUGAUCUCCACCGAUUUACUCGAGAGGGCCUGGAGCUUCGGCCUUGAGCAACACUCGGCAUUGACCGGUGCUGGGGGUGCUAGUGACGAUGGUCUGCUCAUGAUGCUCACUCGAUGUGGCCUUACCUCACAGUGCCUCGAGGUGUUGUCUGUGUCCACUGUUGCUCGGGAUAGCGCGGUGACAUACACCAACAAAGACGGUGAGGGGCUGCUCCACAUAGCGGCCUCAGCAAUCGACUUCCAAGUAUGCGAUGGUGCAGUCGACCUCGGGGCUAAUGUGACAACCAAGGAUGGCAAAGGGCACACUGCUAUCAUGAGAGCCCGCAACUCUGGGGCUUCCUUUCCUACCAACCAUUACCUAGCAUGCCAUCUUGCACUGAAGGCUUCAGAUCUGUAUGCUGUUGUGGAUGCCGUAGAAGGAGCCUGGCUGGCUCGUCUGACUCCUCCCUAUACCACUGCGCCUUCCCCUAUAGUUCUUGCUGCUGUUCAAACGCUGGUGACUAAGUUGACACAGAAGCUACAAGAGGCGUUAGUAAAGGAGGAUGUCUCCCAGCUGGAGGAGUCGAUCGAGCUCGUGAAGUACAGCAGGAUUCAAGGUAUGCCUGAUGAGGCCCGAGCUAUCUGCACGAUGUCAAGAUUGAAGCUUAUUCGAGGAGUGGAGGCUGCCAACGAGCUGGAACUGAAGCAAGCCAUUAUCAAUGCCAAACAGUACAAGGUGUCUGCUGUACUCAGCGAGGAACUUGCAUCGGCCGAGGUUGCCCUCAAGGGUGUGGUCCAGCAGAAGGCUGUGACCAGGGCUACCGAGGACCUCCAGAGGGCUCUUGACUGCGGAGAUCCCCACCAGCUAUGUCGAGCCGUUGUGGAGUCUAGAUGUUGCCUCCCUGACAGCAGCCCCCUCCUAGCGAAGGCUACUACUGUGCUGACCGAUCUCGUCACGAAGAUGCUGGAAGGAGCUCUCAGCGAGGGCUGCGUUGUUAUGUUGGACGAGACAUUGCGGCUGGCUCGUCGCUCGUCCUUGUGCGAUCCGCGUGUCGAAGAUCUGUGUCAUACAGUUACGUCAGUGAUGGGACACUCACCCACCUAUGUGUUGUUGCGGGCCCUCGAAAAAGUUGCUGAGGGAGACGACCCCAGAAUCAUCUUUGAGGCUCUGAGUGAUGCCGCCGCUGCUGGCCUGGACCGAAGCAGUCACUUAUUCAACAAAGCACUGGAGAGAUACUACACACUUAGAGAGUCGCCUCGGAGCUGGAGGGUCGAUCUAGAGAAGCCGUAUGAGCUGCAGGAUGGCAUUCUCAGCAAAGUCGUGAUCACAGCGGAACCGAAUGUGAAGGAGUUCUUUCAGUCUCUGCUCGACGACACACAUCGGGUGGCUUACACUAGAGACAGGCGCAAUGAGAGAGUACCAGCGAGGUUGCGAGUGGAAGAUGUCGUCCUUGUGCAGAAUGAGAGGGCUUUUGCGAAGUAUCGUCGGAAAAGGUCUCAUAUUCGUGAGAAGAUUCGCUUCUGUGGAGCUGCGACGAAACCGUUGGUUGAUAUCAAGACUACACGGACCUGGCACGGGCUGCUUGGAGCCGACAAGGACCCCCUCCACGCUGAAAUAAACGAGUUUUAUUUGUUCCAUGGCACGACGCCACUGGCUGCCGAGGCUAUAACUUCCAGCGAUUUCAGGAUGGACGUUGUCGGCAGCAGCGGCGCUGGAAACCGAAGGGCCGAGGGCCAAUCAGCGAGCAUUGUUGCUAUGCAGAGUACUCGCUGGCCGUACAGUGACGACGUCUACCCUAGGACGGGCGAACUUGUGUCCAGCGUUGUUAGCGGCGAGUUCGACAGUGUCCUUGGUGACAGAGAGAAAUGCAGGAAUACUUUCCGGGAGUUCAUCGUAUAUGAUGAGGACCAAGUGUAUCCGGAGUUCGUCAUCUGGUAUACUCAGGAGUUCACUUGA